ACCAAUAGAAAGUUUUUCUGCUGUUUGUCUUUCCAGACCACCUGCAGGAUUAUGUUGGAAAAGAGGAGGAUUUCUCUGACCAGCAGCUCUAUGAACAGGAGAGGAAUUUCAGUUUGGACCAAGAGGAACCAGAACCUCUGCAGAUAAAAGAAGAAAAGAAAGAACCAGAACAUCCCUGGACAAAAGAGGAAACCAUGGAGCUCCCCAUUAGUGAGCAGGAAGAGCAGCUUGUUCUGAAGCAAGAGACUGAAGAUACAGGAGAGAAAUCUUUCCCAUGUCUGACAUGUGGAGAAAAGAAAAGAACAGAACAUUUAAUGGAUCACAGUAGAACUCACACAGACCACCUGCAGGAUUAUGUUGGAAAAGAGGAGGAGUUCUCUGACCAGCAGCUCUAUGAACAGGAGAGGAAUUCCAGUUUGGACCAAGAGGAACCAGAACCUCUGCAGAUAAAAGAAGAGCAGAAAGAACCAGAACAUCCCUGGACUAAAGAGGAAACCAUGGAGCUCCCCAUUAGUGAGCAGGAAGAGCAGCUAAAGCCAGAAGAUCCCUGGACUAAAGAGGAAACCAUGGAGCUCCCCAUUAGUGAGCAGGAAGAGCAGCUUGUUCUGAAGCAGGAGAUUGAAGAUACAGGAGAGAAACUUUUAACAUGUUUGACAUGUGGAAAAAACUUUCUUAAAAAAGAACAUUUAAUGGUUCACGUGAGAACUCAUAAAAGUGAGAAGAUUUAUGAAUGUCUGUCCUGUAGAAAAAAAUUCACAAAGAAAUCUAGACUUGAUAGGCACAUGAUAAUUCACAUAGGUGAGAAACCUUUUUCCUGUAUGAUUUGUAGUAAGAAUUUUACUCAAAAUAGUCAUUUGACUUCUCACAUGAGAAUUCAUACUGGUGAGAAGCCUUUUUCCUGUACCAUUUGUUACAAGAAUUUUACUAAAAAGAGUAAUUUGACUUGUCACAUGAGGAUUCAUACAGGUGAGAAACCUUUUUUCUGUACUAUGUGUAACAAGAAUUUUACUAAAAAGAGUAAUUUGAAUUCUCACAUGAGAACUCACACAGGUCAGAAGCUUUAUAAAUGUCUGUCCUGUGGAAAAAUGUUCACAGCGAAAUCUAGUCUUGAUACACACAUCAGAAUUCACACAGGUGAGAAGCCUUUUUCUUGUACAAUUUGUAACAAGAAUUUUACCGCAAAAACUAGUUUGAAUUUUCACAUGAGAAUUCACUUAGAUGAGAAGCCUUUUCAAUGUGUGUCCUGUGGAAAAAGCUUCACUAAGAAAUCUAUUCUCGAUAAACACAUGAGAAUUCACACAGGUGAGAAACCUUUUGAAUGUCUGUCCUGUGGAAAAAGCUUCACUAAGAAAUCUAAUUUUGAUACACACAUCAGAAUUCACAAAGGUGAGAAGCCUUUUUCUUGUACCAGUUGUAACAAGAAUUUUACUCAUAAAAGUAAUUUGACUAGACACAUGAGAAUUCACACAGGUUAAAAGCUGAUUUCACCAGAUCAUACAGUCAUACGCCGUACACACAUUUGCUCCUCCCACCACAAAGGAGGACCAGGCACCUGGACCUGGUACUUGACCCCUAAAGUUGAAAUGGGAAGGGGAGAGACUCCAACACAACCCAAUCUUCCCGGUCCUUGCAACGGUCUCAGCCCCCCAUCCCCCACCCAGACGAGAAGGCCCAUGGCACAGGCCCCCAGAAGACAGUGCCAGCAGAACCAGCCUCAGUGUGAGCGGCCAUAAUCCGAGGCCAACUGGGUUUCAAGCAGUAUACAGCAGUAAACUAUUUUCCACACUAGUUAGCAUUCCCGUAGGCCUCUGGAGCAUGGUUGUCUCUCCAUUUUCCUAGCAGUGUGCAGCUCUGCAUUAAACUAAGGAGCCAGCUUUCUAUUUUAAAGUUUUUCUUUUUCAAAGGAGCUGCUUUGUCUAAGGCAGUACACAGAGAACUAGCAACCCUAUCAACAAA